AAGGCAGCAGGGGCGGUUGAGAAGUGAAGUCUUGGCCAGAGUUUUCUUCUUGCCAGGAAAUCCGCGGCGGCAGCGGCGAGUCCCGGCAGAGAGGAACCCAGCUGGCUCCUGRCUCUCCCUCAGCGGGCCGCGGAGAGCGGGAGCUGGCGCUGGGCUACGGCGCUGGAAGCCGGUGUAAGCCCCAGGCAGCCGCGCUUUCCCAAAAAACAGAUUUGGGCUAUAAUCAGAUACAUCCCUGUCUAUUCAAGGAAUACCAAACCUCCAGAGGAAGUCUAAUAUAUGAGGGUACAGAAACUGCAUCAUUUGAUUCAAAAUGGGAACAACAAGUGAUGAGAUGGUAUCAGUGGAACAGACUUCCUGUUCUUCCCUAAACCCCCUGUGUUUUGAGUGUGGCCAACAGCACUGGACAAGAGAAAACCACUUAUAUAAUUACCAGGAUGAAGUGGAUGAUGACCUCGUCUGCCAUAUUUGCCUUCAGCCUCUGUUGCAGCCACUAGACACGCCCUGUGGACAUACAUUCUGCUACAAGUGCCUCAGAAACUUUUUACAAGAGAAAGAUUUCUGUCCAUUGGACCGCAAAAGACUUCAUUUCAAAUUGUGUAAGAAAUCUAGCAUUCUAGUUCAUAAACUUCUAGACAAAUUAUUAGUUUUAUGUCCAUUUUCUUCAGUGUGCCAAGAUGUAAUGCAACGCUGUGAUCUGGAGGCACAUCUUAAAAACAGGUGUCCUGGAGCUUCUCAUCGGAGAGUUGCCUUAGAGAGAAGGAAAACUAGUAAAACUCAGACAGAGAUUGAGAAUGAAAAUGGAUCCACUAUAAUAGAUCCUUCAGGUUCUUUAUCUCUAGAAACAGACUGUUUGGGGAUGGGGACAGGCACAGGCACAGUGCCCCCUGAGCGGAAUUCAACACCUGCAUCUCUUCCCACUUGGACUGAAGAGCCUGGCUUGGACAACCCUGCCUUCGAAGAGAGCACCGGAGCCGACACUGCACAACAGCCACUUAGCUUACCAGAAGGAGAAGUUACCACCAUUGAAAUUCACCGGUCCAAUCCAUACAUUCAGUUAGGAAUUAGCAUUGUGGGUGGCAAUGAAACGCCACUAAUUAACAUUGUCAUCCAGGAAGUCUACCGGGAUGGGAUUAUUGCCAGAGAUGGGAGACUCCUUGCUGGAGACCAGAUUCUUCAGGUCAACAACUAUGAUAUCAGCAAUGUGUCCCAUAACUAUGCCAGAGCUGUCCUUUCUCAGCCCUGUAACACUCUGCAUCUUACUGUGCUGCGAGAGAGGCGCUUUGGCAACCGAACCCAUUCUGACAGCAACUCUCCACGGGAAGAGGUUUUCCAUGUGGUUCUUCAUAAACGGGACUCUGGAGAACAGCUUGGCAUUAAAUUAGUACGAAGGACAGAUGAGCCAGGUGUAUUUAUUCUUGACUUGUUGGAAGGGGGUCUGGCCGCCCAGGAUGGCAGGCUUAGCAGCAAUGAUCGUGUGCUGGCUAUCAACGGGCAUGACCUGAAGCAUGGGACCCCAGAGCUUGCUGCCCAGAUUAUUCAGGCCAGUGGGGAGAGAGUGCAAUUAACAAUUGCUAGACCAGGAAAACCCCAGCCUGGUAACACCAUCCGAGAAACAGGAAGUCACAACAGCAGCCAGCACCAUGCACAGCUGCCCUCUCACAGCAGACCAAGCUCACAUAAGGAUCUUACUCAGUGUGUUACAUGUCAAGAAAAACAUAUUACUGUAAAAAAGGAACCACAUGAGUCCCUUGGAAUGACAGUUGCUGGGGGCAGAGGAAGCAAGAGUGGUGAACUGCCCAUAUUUGUGACCAGUGUACCACCUCAUGGCUGCCUUGCGMGAGAUGGCAGAAUCAAGAGAGGUGAUGUGCUGCUGAAUAUCAAUGGCAUUGAUUUGACCAAUCUGAGUCACAGCGAGGCUGUUGCUAUGCUAAAAGCCAGUGCUGCUUCUCCAGCUGUUGUCCUUAAAGCACUGGAGGUCCAGAUUGUUGAGGAGGCGACUCAGACCUCAGAAGAGCAGCCAAGUACUUUCAGUGAGAACGAGUAUGAUGCCAGUUGGUCUCCAUCCUGGGUCAUGUGGCUUGGACUUCCAAGCGCCCUUCAUAGCUGCCAUGAUAUAGUUUUACGAAGAAGCUACUUGGGAAGCUGGGGCUUUAGUAUUGUAGGAGGAUAUGAGGAGAACCAUACCAAUCAGCCUUUCUUCAUUAAAACCAUUGUCUUGGGAACUCCUGCUUAUUAUGAUGGAAGAUUAAAAUGCGGAGACAUGAUAGUGGCGGUAAAUGGCCUCUCAACUGUGGGCAUGAGCCAUUCUGCACUGGUUCCCAUGUUGAAAGAACAGAGGAACAAAGUCACUCUGACUGUUAUUUGUUGGCCUGGCAGCCUCGUAUAGAGUUUUGGUUUCCAGUCUUGCCUCUUCAUUUUUAGGUUUUUGAAAGAAACCCCCUUGGUUUCAUGUGUUUCUGUUUGUUAGGAGCUACUGGCACAGCUGGUAUAUGCAGGGCCAAAACCCACAAAGAUCAUCCUUUCA